UGUGCUUCUGGCUCGUGAUGAUGCUCUGCAGUACUACCACACCAUGCAGACCAUUAGGUGCUUAGAGCUUAAGGCAAAAGCGCUCCAUAGCCAGAAUAUCAUCAGUGGGCCAUGCCACUUGUAUGCUGGCCAGGAAGCAUGUGCAGUUGGUAUUGAAGCAGCAAUUAACUCAACUGAUCGCCUCAUCGCUGCGUAUCGUUCCCACGGCUUCGCAUUCACCAGGGGCGCCUCUCUGAGGGAAAUUAUAGCUGAACUUGCAGGCCGCAGAACAGGAAUUUCAAAAGGCAGAGGAGGACCCAUGCAUAUGUUCACAAAAACCUUCCAUGGUGGUCAUGGCAUUGUUGGAUCUCAGGUUCCUCUUGGUGCUGGUCUAGCACUGGCUUGCAAGUACCAGAACACAGAUGAACUGAGUGUUUGUGUCUAUGGUGAUGGUGCAGCCAACCAGGGACAGGUUGCUGAAACCAUGAACAUGGCAGCUAUUUGGAAGCUGCCUGUCAUUUUUGUCUGUGAGAAUAAUAAGUACGCCAAAGGUACCUCAGUGAACCGUUGUACUGUAAACACCAACUUCUACGAGAGAGGGGAUGUCAUUCCUGGUCUAAGGGUGGAUGGGAUGGACGUCCUAUGUGUUAGGGAGGCAACCAGGUUUGCCUCUGACUACUGCAGGUCUGGGAAAGGCCCAAUCAUUUUGGAGCUUCAGACCUACCGCUUUUUUGGACACAUAAUUGGUGACACUGAGGACAAGUAUCGCUCUGUUGAUGAGGUGGACGAGGUCCGCAGAAAGAGAGACCCCAUCUCCGUGCUUGAGGGUCACAUCAUCACAAACAAUAUAGCCAGCAUGGAGGAACUGAAGGAGAUUAAUAAGAAAAGUCUAAAUGAUGUUGAAGAAGCUGCAAGAUUCGCCAUCCAAAGCACUCAACCCCCACUAGAAGAGCUAUGCAACUAUAUCUAUUGCAACAACCCACCACUAGAGAUUCGUGGCAUCAAUCCCUGGACCAAGCUAAAGUCCUGGAGCUAA